AUGGCGGAAAUCACUGUCCUUGACAGCCCCAACCACUACACCAUUGGCUGGAUCGCUGCGCUUCCCAUUGAAGCAGCUGCCGCUGCGGCUAUUUUCGAUGAAGAGCACGGCCCGCCAAAGGAAUUCGUGAGACAUUCCACCGACGAGAACAGUUAUGAUUGGGGCAGAAUGGGAGAGCAUAACAUAGUAAUCGCUUCACUCCCUGCCGGGAGGGUUGGGAUCAUGGUUGGUAUCGGCAGCGGUAUUGCGCGGCCGAAUGAAGGCCGUGAUAUUCGCUUCGGUGACAUCGUUGUCAGUCAGCCAUACGGCACCACGGGUGGUGUCUGCCAGUACGACCUGGUAAAAGCCAAGAGCGGUGAUGUACGCCAGCGCCAAGGGUUCCUCGCAGCCCCUCCCGCCGUGUUUCUUCAUGCCCUUGGCGCCGUUCGACGUUUCCAUGAACGGAAGCCAUCUAAAAUUCCACAAAUACUGGAAAAGAUGCUGAGUGACAACCCCAAGAUGGCCGAAAGCACGAAGGCGGGGAUUGUGCAGGAUGCGACGCUUCCAAGGAAGUCAAACGAGAAGAAUGAGACUCGACGUGCCCACGAAUCUUCUACGGCAUCAUUGCUUCCGGCAACACACUCGUCAAAGACGCCGUCACCCGCGACAAGAUUUUGGCUGACGUCGAGGAGGACUGCCUUUGCUCUGAUAUGGAGGCUGCGGGGCUUGAUGAACGACUUUCCCUGCGUAGUGGUGCGUGACAUCUGCGACUAUGCCGACUCCCACAAAAACGAUCGUUGGCAGCGCUACGCUUUUGUUACAGCGGCUGCAUAUGCGAAGGAACUCCUCUCCUAUGUCCCUGCGAGGGAAGUCUCCAAGAGCAAGAGAGCAUUGGAAAUUUUGGAGUCUGUCCAGGACCACUUCAAUGUGGUCCGAGAAGCAAUCGGAAGCCUGGUAUCGAAUGAACAAGUUGAAAAAAUCAAAAGUUGGCUUUCACCUGCGGAUCCCUCCGCUGAUCUCAACAAGGCACAGAAAAAGAGGCACCCUGGGACUGGCGACUGGCUCCUUGAGGGCUCCAGCUUCAGAGGUUGGAAGUCAGAUCCGAGCGGCCGCCUCCUGAUUUUCGGACUCUCUGGACGCGGCAAAACUGUCCUAGAAUCAAGCAUUAUCACAAGGUUGAAGUCGGAGGUAGAUAUUCCUAGAACUACGCUUUACUUUUUCUUCGGCUUCGACGACAAGGGCAAGAAGACUGUCGAUCAACUGGUCCUUUCCUUCUUGUUCCAGCUGUACGACCAAGUCAACUGUUCUCGAGAUGUUCUCGACUCUGCGUUAAAAUCUUCCGAGCACGGUGAAUUAUCAACCGAACAGCUUUCCACUAUCCUGAAAAACAUGAUGCAGGCAAGCAAACAAACCAUAUACGUUGUCUUGGACGCUCUCGAUGAAUGCUCGCCACGAACAAACAUCAUCACGUAUCGAGUUGGAUUGUUUUCUAUCUCAAUUCUAUGGAAAGCAGCGGAUAAAAUUACCGACGACCCUGUUAAUAAAGCUGCACCGUGGGUCUGCAUCUAG